AUGGUCAAGCUCGCCCUCCUUUUCACCAUCACCGUGGGCCUUUAUCUUUUGUCGACCUUAUCCACAGUCACUGCAACGGAGCUGCAACGCCGAUACCGCCAGCUUUACGGGCCCACACAGCUCGAACACACACAGCUCGAGCCCACACAGCUCGAGACCACACAGCUUGGAAACGAAUCGCCUCGCCGGCAUUCACAGUUCGAAGGCGAGGAGACUCGACGUAAUCCCUUGCAGGUGGGCGAGACAGCGCAACCCACUCAACGAACGCGUUACGGUCCCAACUCGCUCGACUCACUCAAGACCACUGACGGCUUGGGGAACCACGAGCAGUUGCAAGGGAUGCAAGGCUACCGCCAACGCCACCGCCCUGACACCAGCCUGGCGUCUACUUACGGUGCUCCAACGGAACACGGCUAUCUUCCCACCUCCUUGUCCGACAAGCACAGCCUCGGGCAUGGCUCCGGAACACACAAACCUGAAAGAGAAAGAGCCCACAGUCAUGGAGGCUUCACGAAAAAUCCAGACUACGGCAACGGUGGUAGGCCGGAUCCAGCUACAUACGCUUUCUACGGCUGCUUCCCCACAAAUUCUUAUCUCAUACAGAUGGGAAACCACGGAAACGAGAACGAUAACAUUCAGAUGGGCGAAGCGUUCGAGAACAAACGAAGUGGUGACAAGCCCCAAACCGUGGCUUCCUUCAUCGUCAAUAUCGACAAAUUCUACGACGAAGGGUAUCCAUAUGGGAGCGCCGUAGGCACCUACCUACCAUACACCGCUGACGACUUUGUGAAAGUCGAGUCGGACGACGAGGAUUGUCUUUCUUCCUUUGCCAUUUUCUUCUGGGAUACACCGCCGCCUCAGAUCUGGGAGAACUGCAAACCGUUUUCGGUGCCACCUAUUCUCUGCCCCGAAAACCUUGGCAACUGUUAUGCGUCGACCUACUACCAGCCUGGAAGCGCCUAUUUGAGCGACCAAGGAGGAAGGAAGAGCAACUACACCGGCUAUGUCAGGUCUCGAAAGGACAAAUACCGUCACCAAUUGUAUCGCCCCGUACGAUUGAGGGCCACGGAUCAUUGCGAGAACCCAACGUACCAGCAAUGGUCGUCGUACAGCGACUCGACUCUCCCCAGUAUCUGCCCCAAUCCAGAACUAGACAAACGCGUGGUCUACGACAAAGACGGAAACCCUUCAGAUGAUAGUUUCCCGCCUAGGGCAAGAAUCCAAAACGGCGUGCCUGUGUGUACCGGUGGACAAAAAGGCAAUAGGGGCGGCAGAGGUGGUGAGGGUGGUGGCAGCGGCAGUGGCGGCAGUGGCGGCGGUGGCAGCGGUAAUUACGGUGGCGGUGGCUACGGUGGCCACAGUCACGGUCACAGACCUCACUCAUCGAGUCGACUACCGCAUGGCUCUAUCAGGCAUCGCAUCAACAAAGGCGGUCUACCUCACAAGCCCAUGGAGACGACUUCAUCGGAUCCCCAGGUCUAUUCACUCGAGGAGAUGCAGACCUAG